AUGGAUUCACAUUCUGACUUAGUAGAACUUAUUGCACUUUUGACUGAAAAUGAAACAACUUCGGUGACGGGACAAGAUUUUAAUGAAACUCAUACGAGCAGUGACGUGCAAGAUUCUAGUCAAUUAAUUGAAAUGCACUGUCUUGCACUGUACAAUCGAACUAUUGAUCGUGCGGUGCAUUUCCACGACGCUGUCAUUUUAGAUUUUGUUGAAGAUUCAAGUGAAGAAGAUGACCUCAAGGUCAAAGUAUUAUAUGGUCAUCCUCCAGAAGCAGCAAUGAGACCUUGCGAAUAUUUUCUUAAUGAUCGUUGUAAUGUCACUUUUCGCAUGGUGAAGAAGUUUCGUUUUCAGCCCUUUGAGAAUAUGCAUCUUGCCGUGUAUUAUUAG